CGUGCGUCCUCGCUGGUACUCCUCAUUGGGAGCUAGAAGCUGGAGUCUUGUCUGUCAUCUAUCACUGGAUGGCAGACCAGAAGGCGCGUGGAAAGCGCCCGGCACCGGAGCGGCGCGGCGCCGUCAGGCAGGAAGAGCGCGAGAUCAUGAUCGACCGCUGGAAGGAAGACAUGACUCGCGCGCAGUUUGGCCGCCGCAAUCUGGACGCCAUUGGUCCUGUUUUGGACCAAUGGUUGGAACGAUCGCACGGGUUCCUCACGUUCCGUCUGGCGCAGGUGCUGACCGGGCAUGGCUGCUUCGGUUCGUACCUGCAUAGGAUCGGGCGAGAGGAAUCCCCGCUGUGCCACAAAUGCGGCGCGGCGGAUGACACGGUGCAGGCGGUGCAGCACACCCUCGCGGUCUGCACAGGCUGGGAGGAGUAGCGCCGUGUCCUCACUGCGGUCGUGGGCCGGGAUCUUUCGCUUCCGAGCCUGGUCGACGCCAUGCUGGGAAGUGAAGGAUGCUGGAUGGCGGUCGCCUCCUUUUGCGAAGAGGUCAUCCUUCAGAAGGAGGCAGCGGAGCGCGAGCUGGAGAAAGAUCCUCUCGCCUCAUCGCUCCGCAGGCGGAGAAGGGGGUGGAGAAGGCGGUUGUACGACCGUUCUACUCUCCCUCCAGGUGGCGGCCAGCAGGCCGGGGGUGCGGGGGCACCCUUGUCACCU